AUGGAGAGGCUGAGAGCCCUUCGAGGUCUCUUUGCUUGUGUGGGCUGCGUGCCCAGACGGACGCGUCGCAGGGAGAGAAGCAGGGUGUCAAGCCCUGUCCCUACCUGCGCCGCGACCUUACUGCUUCAGCGCCUGCAAGAUCAGGAGGGCCACGGUCCUGUGGGUGCCAGGCCCGGCAGCACAUCCACAGAGCGAUGGGUGGCAGCGGGCAAAGCGAGCGUGACUGAUCCUUGUCCCCAGGGUGACCGAGCGCAGGCGUACGGUGAGCUGGAGAGCGCCCUGUGCCAAGACAGCAGCCGCCCGCCGUGCGGAGUGGUGAACCGGCUGCUGGCAGAGGUGUCCCGGGACCUGACGGCAGCCCAGGGCGUGACCAGCAAUUUGAGGACAGCUGCCAGCAAUGUCCUGGUGGCUCUGGCUCGGACACACUUCACCUUGGUGAUGGCUGAGCUCCAGAGCCACCUGAAGGCCAUGGGGGACAUGUCCAAGGAGUUUGUGCUCAUCACCCUGAGCAAACUCUUCAGCACCUAUGCUCCACAGUGCAUCCCCUUUGUGUGGCUGAUGCUGGCAGGCCUGCGCAGUGUGGUGGGCCAGGUGAAGAGUGGCCAGAUCCUGCGCAUCGCUUGUGCUGUUGUGAAACAGUGGCUGGAUGGAGUGAAGAUCCACUUGUCCUCAGGAAUGCAAUGCCCCUGGCCUGCCAUGGAGAAAGAGCAGAUCUAUGAAAACCUUCACGAGCUGCUCUUCUCCGUGAUGUGGAACUGGCAGGACUGCCAGGAGGAAAAGGACAAACAGGCCGUCCUUGGGGCUGUGGCUGCCAUGUUGGAGGUUCUCCUGCAAGAGGAGCAGCACCAAGAGCAGGUCUGGGAGCAGCUCCUCUGGCUCAUUCACCCGUGUCAGGAGAUCCAAGACACCUGCAGGGUGGCCAAGAGCCUCACUAUCUUCCUGGAGGCCUUAGGGGACCUUUCUGCCCAGGAAGCCCAGGAAGAAGGAGCUCUCCAGGAGCUGUGCAUGGACAUCCUGGAAUCACUGGACGUCUCUGUGAGAGGGAUGUCCAAACUCCUGUGGCCACGGCUGCUGUUGUUUGUGGUGCCAGCGCAGUACACAGGCAUGCUGAUCCCAAUCUCCCACUGUGUCUGUGCACUGGCUGAGAGAGAGGAGCUGACAGGACGGCCGAUAGAACACCUGGAUCCCCAUUUUGUCAGCUCCAUGUUUCAAGGCCCACUGCUGACGCCCCAGAUACUGCUGGCACGACUGCUGGUGGUGGCAGGCAGCCCUGUAGCAGGCAGCAAACUCCAAGCUGCUGCCUUACUGCUGAUGAAAAACCCCCACAGCAGGUUCCACAGAGUUCUGGGGGCCAUGUGGGCUACUGAGAUCCCCCUGCUGCUGCAGUGUCUUGAAGGGAAAGAUGAGAGCUUCCCGGACACUGCCGAGUUUGAGCGCCGUCUGCUAAAGUUCCUGAGGGCGUCAGUGGACACCAUAGAUGAUGAGGCGUGGACCGAGGCCCUGAGCAGUGAGCUGAGCCAGCGGCUGAGCAGCUCUGCCAGCAGCUCUGCCGAAAAGUCGUUCCUGUACAAGGCUCUGGGCACAGUGCUGGGAUCCUGUAAGGGAGUCCUCCACGUGCAGGAGAAGCUGCUGCAGCACCUGGAGGAGGCAAACGCGGAGGAACCAUGUGAGGCCCAGGGAAUCAUCUCUCUUCUCAGCCAUGCUGCUGAGAACAACUUCCACACAGUCCUGGCCACGCUCACCAUGUUUGCGUCCAGGCUGUGCAAAGGCCGCAAUGCCAGGAUUUCCAGGCGCAAGAAGAUGGAGCUGGACAGCACGAGAGCUCAUGCCACACGCAGCGCUCUCAUGCUCGCCCACGGCAGCGUGGCACUGCGUGCCUCCAAGGAGCAGCUGCUUGCCCACCUGGAGGGAGACAUCGUGGGCAACAUCCUGAUGCUCUACAGCUGCAGCUGCCGGGACUUGCAGAACAACCUCGCGCUGCUGCAGAGCAUCACUGACUGCAGCACUGCCUUCCAAGCUCUGGGU